GCUGAGAAGUCAGUGGAUAGCAUCCUUCUCAGAAAGGCGUACCGCGUGAUUUUUUCCGGACUGAUCACAAGUUCAUCGUUUGAUCCACCGCUGAUAUCUCUCGGGUUGCUGGCCUGCAGCAUCAUCGAAGUCGCCCCGGAAGAAAGUGCGCAUCCUGAUCUACUGCGGAGUUCGUUUCUCAACUAUUUUCAAAUAUGAUUUUGAAAAAACUUGUGUUGAGUGUUCACUGACGAUUAGGUGACGGAAAAUAUAUGGUGCUGCACAGAGAAAAUAAUUUUAUAGGAUUAUGAUUUUAAAUUAUAAAUUCGAAAGGCAUUGACUGUAUUUCGGUUUUGUGUACUGUGAAAAUUGAACAACUGAUUUGUUGUACUUCGGUGUUGAGUGUUCAAGUAGUUGUUGAAUUUAUUGACGAGGAAAUUCUAGUGCAUUCCAAUCAUUGAGGGUAGUAUGAUAACGAUGGAGUGUCAGCCAGGGGGUCAUGGGGGACCACUGGGGCACUCCAUGAUGUUGGAUCCCUCUGGCGGAAUGCAUCAGCAGGACCAGGAUCAUAAGAAGAAACUUUUUUCAGGGGAAGGUGGAUCUCACGUCGGAUCUUCUUCUAGUGAUGGUCAUGGAGGCGUUAACCAACUGGGUGGAGUCUUUGUGAACGGGAGGCCUUUGCCGGACGUGGUGAGGCAAAGGAUAGUGGAAUUAGCUCAUAACGGAGUACGGCCCUGUGAUAUCUCGAGGCAGCUCAGGGUAUCGCACGGUUGUGUUUCCAAAAUUCUGUCGAGAUACUAUGAAACGGGUAGCUUCAAAGCCGGUGUGAUCGGCGGUUCAAAGCCAAAAGUAGCAACUCCACCUGUAGUAGACGCUAUAGCCAACUACAAAAGAGAAAAUCCCACCAUGUUUGCAUGGGAAAUUCGUGAUAGGCUUUUGGCGGAAGGUAUUUGUUCCCAAGAUAACGUACCUAGUGUUUCAUCAAUAAAUAGGAUUGUAAGAAAUAAAGCAGCUGAGAAAGCGAAACAUGCGCACCAUAUAGCGACAAGUAACGCUGCCUCAGCGGUGAGUGGAGGACCUGUAUCUGUGAUCGCGCAUGCGCCUGCUACCCAACUCAAUGAACCUAGAUCGGGAGCAUAUAGUAUAAAUGGUAUCUUAGGCUUACAACAUGACCCCAACGGAAAUAGUAUAAAACGGAAAAGGAUAGACGAACAUGACGAAAAUAAAGACAUGAAUGGACAUCCAGAUGACGAUUACAAAAGACAGAGAGCUCAGUAUAACGGAGACCAGUUAUAUUCAAAUCUUUGGUCAAGUAAAUGGAGUAUCAAAGACGAGCACAAGUUGCUCUCCGAACUAGGAGGUGCAGGCACCACUACUGGUCAAACGGGGUACUAUGACACGCAUGCGGGUUUUGGAGGCGUCGGGAAUGUCAGUUCAGCAUCGGAUAUAUAUGAUACCAUCAAUACCAUGAGUCAAGCGACAUCUCAAAAUCUGUAUACACCUCCUUUAGCUGGGACGUUAGGUACCAAUUCUUUAACGCCUUUGGCUCCGAUAACGAUGCACGAAAUGAAAAUCGAAACAUCUCGGAUAAUGGAUCCAUCAAUGUCCCCUUAUCAUUCAGCCGAGACUAGUUCACCGUACAGUGGCGUGGUCGGUCUAGGAGCGGCAGUGGAUGGGGCCUCUCCCGGGCUGCCGCUCGCGCUCCCCGCAGAAUCUGGAAGUCAACCAGCGUCUCACACGGGUUCCCCAGACCCCGCCGCACUAACCGUCCUUCAACCGUCUAAUGGAUCAUCGCAGCAUUACACGGCGAUGUUACCGAAUUUUGGGUAUUCAACUACAGCAGGCACCACGAUGGUACAUGGAACUGACUACGCUUACAGUACCGCUUAUAGUCAAUACGGAGCAGCUUAUGGAACUUAUGGUUAUGGUAGUGCAUCCAGCGGGUUACUCAAUACCGCUUACUACUAUAGUAACAACAAUCUUGGACUUCAGAACAAUGGAGCACAGAUAUGUAACGCGAAUACAAAUAUAGACCAAAGCAGUCGGAGUCCUCUAUCGGCGACUAGAGCAAACUCCCUUGCAUCAGCUAACUCCCCAACCGACAGUGGCAGUGCGUGUUUGAAGACAGAAAAUAUUUUCACACACGAACUCAACUUGGGUUGAAUAUUUUGCUGAUAGAUGGACAGAAUCGGGUCUUGUGAAAAACCCUCAAAAUGUGUAUAGAGCAAUUGUGCGUGCGUGUAGAUAUCGGUCCUUUACCGUAGUUAUAGUACUUGUUUUUGUAAAAUUAUUUGUGUUUUAGACAAAUGGAGAUAUUGCAAAUAAUUAUUGUAAAGUAUACAUUGGUCUCAGACAACUACGAAGAAUGUUAUUUAUUUAUCCAUACGAUUUUCAAUGAGUUUUUAUUGACUAUAAUAUAUUUUAUAUUAUUUUAUUUUUAGUAAUUUAAGAUACACCAAAGAAAUGUUUUUAGCUUUAUGUUAUAGGAGCACGUUAUCACACCAGACUCAAUAACCUAGAAUGAAUUGGUUAACAGUAAUUCCUUCUAGGUUACGUGGAUUUUCCAUCAUGAAUUUGAUUAAUUUGCACCUUAUUCAAAAACCUCUACGUGGAAUGUACUUACAUAUUCAUCAACUAGUCAGAAAAUUGCAUUUUUCAACUUAAUACAUAUUCCUCCAGGAAUCUCGGAGUAUUUUCGAUAUUGGUGAUCAAAUCACAAAAAAUUUGUUUAUAUUCAAAGGGCUAGAUAUAUCCUAAUUUCCCAUCACAUAGGGAGAACGAAAUAACAUUUCCUUCAUAUUCAUAUUCAGUUACAUUCAAUUUUUAUUUAUUUCGUUUUGUUUUGAUGCUGUCAGAUAUUUUAAACUAGAUAUUGUACCUGAAUAUACUACCUAUAUUCAUCUCUACAGCUUUAACGUUCAUCUAAAAACAGGAUGGAAAAAAUGUAUGUCUCUUCUUAUACAAUGAUGAGAAAAUAUUUUCAAAUCAUUUUUCAAGGAGAUUGAAGCUGUCGACAUGAACGAAGUCAUAGUGGGUUAUUAAAUUGAAAAUCUGAGAUAAUUAUUUUCGAAUUUUAUGUAAUUGUUCAGAAGAUCGGUAAAAUUUGCAAAGUAAAUGCUGAACUCAGAAGUCCUGAAAACUUUAUUAACAUCAUUUCGGUUUCUUUCAUGUUUCAUAAUGAGGGCAACUGUACGUCUAGAUUUUUUGAACAACACGUUGUUACAACUGUUGAAUGACAAUCAAGGAAUACAUUUCAGCUAAAUAAAUAUUUUCAGUUAAAUAAGUAUUUAUUGAUUUAAAAAAGUUGUGUUUCUGAUAAACUCAAUAAUAUGUUGAAAUAUGAUUGAUACUUGAAAGACUGAAUGAUAUUGCUGUUUUACCCAUAUCAAAGCGAAGAAAGUAAAUGUGAGAAAGUUAUAAAUGAGGUUCACUUGCAGAUAAGAUAUUCGAAUAUGUGCCGCUACAUGUAAAUAAUAAUUAUUUGACUGGAUUAUUUGAAAACAUACAUAUCUUUAACUGCUUUCUUUUUCGAUCCAUUACAUUUAUUAGAAUAGCAAUUAGGUAUUCAAUGAUAACAUUUAGAAUUAUUUCAAAUUAUAUGUAUGACCACAAACAAAGAUGGAUUUUUUCAAGACCAUGCAGAUCAAAUAAAUAAUUGACUAGAGAUUUUUUAGAGUUUAACUGCGAAUUUAUUUUUAACAUUGCUGGUAUGUCUCUUUCAGUUUAACAAAAAUCAUGUAUAUUGUUGAAUGAAAAACAUUAGAGCGGGUCAAUUUUAAAUAUUUUAUAUGAAAAAAUACUGUGGGUAGUUCGUACAUAAUUUUCUGAGAAUUUCAAUUUAAAUAAUACUACUAAAUUGAAUGACUUGAUGUAAACAAUAUAAAAUUCAAAAUACUGAACAGUAUAAUGAAAGAUAUGCAAUAAGAUAGUACAAACAUUAUAUUAUUGAAAACAGUUUUGAAAUCAACAUAGAUUGGAUGAAAAUUCAUUAAUAAUACCAAUGAGUAGGGGGAAGUUUUACCGGAGAAAUAACCCAAAUUUAAUUAUGGAACUUUAAGGUGAAAAUUAUGUAAAUCUUGCUCUUUGAAUUAUGAAUUACCCUUCCGUAUGAAUAUUUAAUGAAUUGAACUAUUUCUAUUUUUAUCGAAAACCGCGAAGAGAACUAUUAUAUCACGUAUAUUUUCAUUUUGACAAAUCGACUGUACGUUCAAAAUUUAAUAUUUCACUUGUAAAAUGUGUAAUAAUGUACCAAAGAGACGGCGUACUUAUCAAGCUGUCACGGUAUUUUAAGUAUUGUAUUAUUGUAAAAUGUGAUAGGCCCACAUAUUUCAGGCCCCCGUCUUGCCCUCAAACCAAACCUGUCACAUUCUCUUCUAAUUCAUAAGCAGUUUAUAUUUAGAGAAAUAAAUCCAAUUUAGUAUA